CACACCGCCGUAAGCCUCGGCGUCGUCUUCAGCUUGCGUACCCAAGUCUUCGCUAGCGGCUACACCCUCCUUCGCCUGUUGCGGUAGCAGUUCCUGCCGCACUAGCUCAAGCUCCAGGUCCUCGCGCUCGUUCUCGGCCACCAAUCUGUCGACACGCGCAUCGUAGAGAGGGCGGAAACGUAGGAAGCGCUGGAGCCAGGAGGCCGUUGAGUGUCGCUUUGCCCAGGACAGCUGCAUCUCGCCUGAACCACAGAACGACCAUCCGAGCGCGGUGCAGGCCCACCGUGGACAACGGCGCAAAGGAGGACAUGCUUGAGCGCUUGCUGCGCGGGAUUCCGGCCAGGUAUUCGACGAGUCGAUCUUCUUCUUCCGGGAGAAAGUCGUUGCGAGGCAUGCUGGUGGUGGUGCGGUGAGAGAGAGAGAGAGAGAGCGAAGCACUGCCACCAGUGAGAGUCCUUGAAUCUUAUCGCGCGCGACACCGCUUUCCGCCUUUACAGCCAAGUCCCACCGAAGUCUCUCGACGCUUUGAUCCUCUCUUUGAACUCGAAGCGCUGCUUUCACUGCAUGGGCGUCACCAGAAACGGACCAGUGUCUUGCAACCCAUCCAGGAAACACCGGAGAUGUCUGCGCAUGACUACACACUGCGUUCCCCCUACCUAUGCGCGCCCAGCUGGAGGAGCUCUUCCCUUCGAUCACGCAUACCUUUCAUGGACUUGAUCGUAUUAUGUUGUUCAGUCGUCGGUUGGACGACGCUUUCGCUGCUGCUGCGCCAGAUGCGCGGUGGUCGUCUGGGAUCGAUGAACUGUUGAUGAUCGGCCGUCCGCUAUGUGGAACUUAUAAAGGCCUCUGGUUUCGAGACACGCGACGCUUCCCAGUGCGGCGGUUGACGAGAAGUUUCAGAGCGAGCGUGUGCCGACUGGAGAUAGUCCCCUUACAAUG